AUGUUCGGCAAGGACUCUACAAAAGGCGGAAUUGAAUUUCAAUUCCGAGCUUUCAAAGCCAAUGCUCGUCGCCAGCGCGAAGCUUUCGAGGCUGGAAUUGAUCCACAGACCCUCAAUAUUGCAAUGGCAAAGUGGUUGGAUGAUGGCACCACCACAUCUUCUCUGGAGCAUCGAUUUCGGCCCAUCAAAGCUGCUGCUAAGAAUGCCACCGCCGAGAAAUUUGGUGAUGGUGCUACAGGUAAGGCUAUAUCCACUCGCUUCGAAAGAAUGCGCAAAGAACCCGCUUGGAAUCUCCACUCUCCACCCGGUACUAAUGAUUCCCUAGGUACACCCAAGAAGGCUCGUGCUCAGCGCACACCCAAGAAAUCCGCCAAGAAGGCCGCUGCAUCCAGCAACGAGGAGGGCGACGACGAGAGUGACCUAGAAAUGGGCACCCCAUCCAAGAAGGGAUCUCCAGUCAAGAAGGAAACAAUCAACAAAGUCAAGGGCGGUCGCGUCGAAAAGAAGCCGGCAACUCCCAGCCGUGCUGCCAAGACCGGUAUCAAGAGCUACGUUGAUUCCGAUGACGAGGGAGACGAUGACCUCAUCAUCAAAGAUGAGGAUAUUGGUGCUUAUGAUUUUGGUCGCGCUGCAGAUGGUGAUGAGGAUAUGCUUGGUGGCGGUGGAUUUGGGGGUGGAUUCGGGGGAGGCAAUGGUCAUGUUUAUGAUCACGGAAACGGGAACGGUCAUGGCCAUGGUCAUGGAAACGGAGGUGAUGAUGGUGAGGAGGAAGACGUUUUCUACGACGAUGAGUCUUAG